AUGGAGGGGAAACAUGAAACGGUCUCUAUUAAAACUGUGGAAAUGCAUACCGGAGGGGAACCUCUUCGGAUACUUUUAUCUGGGUAUCCACAGCCACAGGGAAACACGAUUUUAGAAAAACGUCGAAAUCUACAAGAAAAACAUGAUGAGUAUCGGAAACUAGCAAUGUGUGAACCAAGAGGUCAUGGUGAUAUGUAUGGUGCACUGUUGGUACCACCGACUGUUCCAGAAGCGAAUAUGGCAGUGUUGUUCAUGCAUAAUUCUGGAUACAGCACAAUGUGUGGACACGGCGUUAUUGCUCUUGGACGCUAUGCAAUUGACAACGGUUAUGUCAAAAACGUAAUUACGCCAGAGACGGAGGUAACGAUCCAGUGCCCAUGUGGUCCGGUAACGUGUUACGUUCAGUAUGAUGGACGCAAGUCCGGUUCCGUUCGGUUUAUCAGUGUUCCGGCGUUUACUUUUGCAACUGACGUAAAACUAAAAACAGUAAAAUAUGGUACAGUUACAGUAGAUAUAGCUUAUGGUGGAGCUUUCUAUAUAUUUUUAUCAGCACAAUCUUUAGGUUUAGAUGUUACCUUGUCUCAGUUGAAAGAUUUGGUGGAAGCAGGAGGAGAUAUAACUGAAGCUGGCAGGAAUCAAGUAAAAAUAGAUUUUCCUGGAAAUGAAGACAGGUGCGCGAUGUAUUUACUGACAAUGGUUAACUCGAUUCAAUCCAUCAGCUUAAGCAACAUUUUUUACCCUUAUUUAUUUACUAAGAAAGGGGUGGACAGAUCGCCUUGUGGUUCCGCUGUAACAGCGAGAAUGGCUUUACAACAUCACAAGAACCAGGUCAAGGUCGGUGAAUCAAGGGUGUAUCAGAAUUCUAAAACUAGUUCUAAGUUUUCUGGUAAAAUAGUAAAACAAGUUUUAGUGGAUACUAAAGAAAGUGUCCAAGUUGAAGUUUCAGGACGCGGUUAUUACAGUGGUACCAUGUGUCUGACUGUAGAAUCAGACGACGACCUUGGUCACGGCUUUGUUAUGGGAUGA